AUGUCUGCCACAUCCGGAGUUAAUGUACUCCGGUACUCCGCUCUCGCCUUUGGCGUCUUCUACGGAUUCACCCACCAAAGAUCAAUCAACGCUACCCAGAGGGCAGCUGCGGAGAAGAGGGAAUAUGAGCACAAGCAGCAAUUAAUAGAGAAGGCCAAGGCUGAGUUUGCGAAGAAGAACAGCCCGGCAGCAGCGGCCUCGACGACCGGUGGAUUGAAUCAAGAUCCGAUGAGCGCGAAUUUCGACCUGGAGGCAUUCUUCAACGCCCUGGUCAAGGAGAACCCUUAG